UGUUUGCUGGCAGUUUUAAAACGUCAGGACGUCAGCCGGAGCAUCCUCGUUGUGUGGAGACCCCGGGGCUGUGACCGGAGCGCGGUGCCGGCGGCCGGCUAUGUACAGAGAGCUGCUGUGAGUCCCAGACAUGGCGUCCCCUGAGGUGGUUGACGAUUCGAGCUCUGGAGAGGCCUGUUCUGGGGGGUACGGAGAGCUCGGAGACUUCCUUCUGGAAGAGAGGGCCGAGGAAGAGGAGGACGAGGAGCUGCGCUGUCACUUUGAGCAGGCGGCACAGCAUGCCCAGAAACUGGCCCAUGUGGCGACCACCCAGCAGCUGCUCUACCUGUAUGCCCGGUACAAGCAGGUGAAGGUUGGAAAAUGCACAACGUCGAAACCAGGAUUCUUUGAUUUUGAAGGAAGACAGAAAUGGGAAACAUGGAAAUCCUUAGGAGAUUACAGCUGUCAACAGGCCAUGCGAGAUUACAUUGAAACUGUGAAAAAGCUAGAUCCAGACUGGAAACCAAAGGCGUCUGAAGAACCUGUUGAAAAGCACAAGUCGACCUUCGGUGGUCCAGUGGUCAGCUGCCUGUACAAGGUGCAGGAGACACUUAGGGAUGAAGAUAAAGACAUCUUUGACUAUUGCCGGGAAAAUGAUAUUUCACGGAUAUCACAAGCUUUGGCUACGGGAAGCAUCGAUGUAAAUGCAGCAGAUGAUGAGGGUCGUAGCCUCCUGCACUGGGCUUGUGACAGAGGACGCACAGAGCUCGUGUCAAUUCUGCUGUUUCAUAACGCUCAUAUAAAUAUGCAGGACGGUGAAGGGCAGACACCGUUACAUUAUGCUUCUGCUUGCGAGUUCGCAGAUGUGGUGGACCUGCUCUUGGACCACGGUGCUGACCCCUCUCUUGUGGACAAUGAUGGUUUCCAGCCACAUGAAGCCACAGAUAAGAAAGAAAUUUCAGAUAUGUUAAAGCAACAUGCCACAUUCGGGGAACAUGACAAACCUCCAAGCCUUUUACAAAGUGCAAAAUAAAGCUCAAUGCAAGUUUACCCUU